AUGCAUCAAGCGCGGCUGAUCUUCAAUGAAGAAAAUGAAUUCAGCAUCUCCAGACCUGGGAGGCCUCCAAAACGGACACAGAGUGUGACCUCUCCAGAGAAUUCCCACAUCAUGCCCCAUUCUGUUCCUGGUCUUCUCUCACCAGGAAUUAUCCCACCGACAGGUCUGACAGCUGCGGCUGCUGCUGCGGCCGCAGCCACCAAUGCUGCCAUCGCGGAAGCAAUGAAGGUGAAAAAAAUUAAAUUAGAAGCAAUGUCAAACUAUCAUGCCAAUAAUAACCAGCACGCAGCAGAGUCUGAAAAUGGGGACCUCAAUUCUGCUGUGGGCCUUGAGCUACCUUUCAUGAUGAUGCCCCAUCCGCUUAUUCCGGUCAGCCUGCCCCCAGCAUCCGUCACAAUGGCUAUGAAUCAGAUGAACCACCUUACCACAAUUGCAAACAUGGCCGCCGCAGCACAAGUACAGGGCCCUCCCUCCCGAAUGGAGACAUCUGUGAUUAAGGAACGAGUUCCAGACAGUCCUUCCCCUGCUCCAUCUCUCGAAGACGGUCGAAGGCCUGGUAGCCAUCCAUCCUCACAUCGUAGCAGCAGCGUAUCCAGCUCCCCUGCCCGAACCGAAAGUUCUUCAGACAGAAUCCCUAUCCAUCAAAACGGCCUCUCCAUGAACCAGAUGUUGAUGGGCUUAUCUCCAAAUGUCUUACCUGGUCCGAAAGAAGGUGACUUGGCUGGCCACGACGGUGGGCAUGACUCCAAAAGAAUGCACAUGGAGAAAGACGAGACCCCGCUCUCCACACCAACCACAAGAGACAGCCUUGACAAACUUUCGCUAACUGGGCAUGGACCUCUUCCUCCUGGAUUCCCAUCUCCUUUUCUAUUUCCUGAUGGAUUGUCCUCCAUAGAAACCCUCCUGACUAAUAUCCAGGGGCUCUUAAAAGUUGCCAUAGAUAAUGCGCGGGCUCAAGAGAAGCAGGUGCAGCUCGAAAAGACGGAACUCAAAAUGGAACUCUUCAGGGAACGAGAACUGAGAGAAACACUUGAAAAACAGUUAGCGGUGGAGCAGAAGAACAGAGCAAUAAUUCAGAAAAGGUUAAAGAAGGAAAAGAAGGCAAAGAGGAAAUUGCAGGAAGCACUUGAAUUUGAAACAAAGCGGCGAGAACAAGCUGAACAGGCACUAAAGCAAGCGGCUUCCACCGAUAACCUCAGGGUCCUAAAUGAUUCUCUGACCCCAGAGAUAGAAGCUGACCGCAGCGGGGGCCGAACAGAUGCUGAGAGGGCAAUACAAGGUAGGAAUUUUCAAAAGGCCAUAAAUCUACAUUGCACUAUAUUAGUUUUUCCUCUACUUUAG